CUCCUCCUGCACUCUGCUCGGUGCUGUUUACUUACUAUCUGUGUGGCCGUAUAUAAUCCCGAGUGUGUGCGCGAGCCUCCUCAGAGGAUGGAGAAUGGAAAAGGAGACGUAGGAAGCGAGCAUUUUUCAAGAACCUAGUUUUAACCGGAAUAAAACUGAGGAGUUUUUGGGAGCGACGUCACGGUGGCUGGUCGAAUGCUGGGGAGGAUGAUGGCACUAGCAUGAUUUUGACAACCACGAUAUAAGCACUAUUUUUCAACACUAUUACUACUAUUAUCUGGCAACUAAAAGACCACUUGGCUCUCCAGUGAUGGACUCUCAACAGUGAGGCUGCCUCUUCUCCAAAGUCCCUCAUGGCCCUCGUUCACGAACCUCGCGCCCCUUCCCCAUCUCUCUCUGGCUUCAACACCCCUCUCUCCGACCCCCCGUCAUUCCGCCGGCUCGAUGCCGAAACACCUUGCACACCUGAAAUGGACCUGACGCCGACCCAGUGUGUUCUUCGGAACGUCCUCUCCAUAGACACGGGGGGCACAGUGGAACCUGGUGGUGGCGGUGACGGAGGAGGAGGAAGGGACGGACAGACGCCGGGGCAUAACCAGACGCCAGGCGAAGAACAACAGGAGCACUUUGCCAACAGUGUCCUCAAGCUGCACGACCAUGACGGCAGUCCCACGAGGACAGAGGGAGAGGGGACGGGGACGGACGCCGGCAGUGCUGUCCGGAGCGAUGCGGACAACGCCAGACUGCAGUGCCAGUCUACUGGAGGGGGAGGAGGCUUUCUGGAAGGCUUGUUUGGCUGUCUGCGACCUGUCUGGACUAUGAUCGGGAAAGCAUACUCCACGGAGCACAAGCAUGACUUGGACGAAGCAUGGGAAGUCCCCUUUGAGGAGAUAUCGGACCUGCAGUGGGUCGGCAGCGGGGCUCAGGGCGCCGUCUUUCUGGGCAAAUUGCACGGACAGGAAGUGGCCGUGAAGAAAGUGCGAAACAUAAAAGAGACAGACAUCAAGCACCUCCGCAAGCUCAAACACCCCAACAUCAUCACGUUCAAAGGUAUCUGCACCCAGGCGCCAUGCUACUGCAUCAUCAUGGAGUACUGUGCCCAGGGCCAGCUCUACGAGGUGCUGAGAGCAGGCAGGAAAAUCACCCCCUCGCUCCUUAUGGACUGGGCCAUGGGCGUCGCUGGCGGGAUGAAUUACCUUCACCUCCACAAGAUCAUCCACAGAGACCUUAAAUCACCAAAUAUUCUUAUCACCUACGAUGAUGCGGUGAAGAUCUCAGAUUUUGGCACGUCCAAGGAACUGAGCGACAAGAGCACCAAGAUGUCCUUUGCCGGUACGGUGGCCUGGAUGGCCCCUGAGGUGAUACGGAAUGAGCCGGUCUCAGAGAAGGUGGACAUUUGGUCUUUUGGUGUUGUGCUGUGGGAGAUGCUGACAGGAGAGGUGCCCUACAAAGACGUGGACUCCUCGGCUAUUAUCUGGGGAGUGGGCAACAACAGCCUGCAGCUGCCCGUGCCUGACAGCUGUCCUGAUAGCUUCAAACUGCUCUUGAGGCAAUCCUGGAAUUGCAAACCAAGAAACAGACCUUCCUUCAGACAGAUUCUCCUGCAUCUGGACAUCGCUUCAGCAGACAUCUUGUCCACCCCACAAGAAACGUACUUCCAGUCCCAGGCGGAGUGGAGGGACGAGGUCAGGCACCACUUUGAGAAGAUCAAGUCCGAGGGCACGUGUCUUCACAGGCUGGAUGAGGAGCUCAUCAAACGACGCAGGGAGGAACUGAGACAUGCUCUGGACAUCCGGGAGCACUACGAGAGGAAGCUGGAGAGAGCUAACAAUCUCUACAUGGAGCUCAACGCUAUCAUGCUGCAACUGGAGAUCAAGGAGAAGGAGCUGCUCAAGAGAGAGCAGUCGCUGGACAAGAAGUACCCAGGCUGCUUCAAGCACCACAGCUCCAGACAAUCAGCCUCCUCCAACUCCAUGGAGAAACUCAUGAAGAAACGCAACGUGCCUCAGAAGCUGCCCUCACACAGCAAGAGGCCAGACUUGCUGAAGUCAGAGGUCAUUCUUCCCAAACUGGACUCCUCCAUGACCCAGGUCACAAUCCCCACUAAGGGCUCCACAUCCCCCGGCCGCUCCCGCCGAGGGAAACCUCGCUACAGGAAAGCGGUCAAAGGCAGCAGCGGCGACCUGGCUCAGCUGAAAGCCACUCUCUCUUCUUCAUUGGCCAUGAUCAGUGCCACCUCGUCUGUCCCCAGCAGCAAGCAGCGCCUUGACCCCAGCGCCGCCCUCAGGGGACUGCAGCACGACCUGCUGCUCAAGAAGAUGUCCUCCUCCAGCCCUGACCUCAUUACCACCACACUGGAGGCUGAGGGCAGGAGGAAGGGGCAGACAAGGCCCGGCUUGGACCGAGCGGGCAGUCAGAGCGCCUCGGCCGGCCUGGAAGAGGGCACGAGGACCACCGGGCCAGAGGCGGGCCCGGAUGUGAGCGCGGGGACGGACGAACUGGCGGGAACUCCUCCGCGCAGUGACACGCCCAGCGAAGAUGCCGCCUCUAUCCCGUUCUCCAGCAGCCCCGACUCUCCGUGUGGCAGGGGGGCGGCUGCAGGGAGGGCCUCGGUGACGACGGGAAGCCCUCGCGUUCCUCAGGAUGGCGAGGAGAAGGAGGAGGGGAUGGUGAUUACACGUUCGCCUAGGAGUCAGCGCCUCACGCCUUCGGCGCUGUUGUACAGGGCGGCGGUCACUCGUAGCCAGAGACGUGGAGUGUCGUCAGAGGAAGAGGAGGGAGAGGUGGACAGUGAGGUGGAGCUGCCCAGAAGAUGGAGGCCUGUGAGCAUGAGCAAAUGCCAGUCGCUGUCCACGUUCAGCUCGGAGAACCUGUCCGUGUCGGACGGCGAGGAGGGAAACACCACAGACCACUCGCACAGUGGCACGCCUGACGUGGUGAGCACCAACACCGAUGAGCGCCUGGACGACAAGAGUGACGACCUGCUCUCCCAGGGCUCUGAGAUUCCCGCCGACCCGUCCGACCCAACCCACAUGGGCUCGGACGGUUUGUCCGAGAAGGAAGCUGCCAUUCGGCAAGUCAAGACCCAACUGGCCGGGCACGAGCUCAAUUAUGAGGCUUUAUACGACGACUCGGACUGCGACAGCGCCGAGUUGGACCACUCGGGUAUCGCGGAGCCCAGCCAGCCUGCAACUAACUGGUGAAGGAAAAAAAACAUGCACUGAAAUGUGGACGAGGUCAGUGGAUGCCUUGUCAACUACACAAGACGUGAACAAUCUUUGUGACCGGACAGAACAACUCAUCAGGUUUCCUUCCUCUGUGUGUGUGUGUGUGUGUGUGUGUCAUUUUGUGACUGUGUCAUGAGAUCAUUCUGAGAUCCGAUCAGGGCUUCUUUUUUUUUUUUUUUUUACUUAUUAUUGAUGAUUGAUUUUAGUGUCAUAGCCUCUGAAGAAAUGAUGCACUUAUUAUUUAUUGUGUUGCAGCAAAGAAUGUUUACAUUGUUAAUGUUUUGCGUGGAAACGCGCGAGAUUGUAUCAUUUCAAGGUGCUGACGUUUCUACAUUAAGCUUUUUUUGUUUUUCUUUUUUAUUGCGAGUUGAAUGUAUUGGUGCGGCGGCAGGGAGGGAGCCAUGUGAAACAAACAAGAAGCAAUAUGUCCAUUCAUGUCCUGUCACUGUUUGCAGCGUCGCGGUGGAAAUGUUUUUCAUAAGCAACCGGGUGUAUAUACGUGUUUUUUUUUAAUUUAUUAAAAAGCAUGCUUGUGGAAAUACUGUAUAUGCUAUUGGAUACUUUAUGGUUGAGUUGCAACCCACUGAGGGACAGUUAACACAACCAUGAUGGCAGAUUUGAGCUCGUUGGCAUCAGGGCUCGCUCGACGUUCAAGGGAAAAAAAAAACAUAUAUCUCUGUAAGAAAAGCACAAUUUUAUUCAGUUUAUUCAGACACUAAAUUGCUCAUAAAAUGACAAAUUUGUAUUUUUGUUUAUUGCAUUAUUUUAUAUAUACUACUAUUUAUUUUGCAUUUUAUUCCAUUAAAAUUUAAUUGAUAGGAAAAAUUAUACAUUAUUUUUUAUUAGAGCUGUUAAUUGAUUAAAAUAUUUAAUCGUGAUUAAUUUUGUCCACAGUUAACUCAAUAUAACUACAAUUAGUCACGGAUAGAAAAACGUUUUUUAUUUGAUGCAAAUCUUUGUGGUAAACACGAGCUAAGAUAUGAUUCAAAAACGAUAUAUUUUAAAAACAGAACAAUUUGAUACAGUGUACAAACGAUACCAUUCAAUUUGAUAUGAUUCAACAAUUCCGUUUGUCGAUGUAGACGUUACUCUUACAGUAUAAGAUAAAGAAGCCAGUUGCAUAAAAGUGGCAUUCCUACAGUAUUUUCAAAUGUGUGAAAGAGCACCUCAUGUAAGGCAGGGGUCCCCAACCACGGGGCUGCGGCAAACUUUAGGUGCAAUGAUUUAAAAAAAACUCAAAAAUGAACAAUGAAAUCAUUUGUAAAUAAUUACUUUUUUUGUAAAAGGAUACAAAUUUUGGAAAUAUGGGCCAUUGUUUUAUUUUUAAAAAAAUAAUAUAUAGUUAGCAAUUCCACAAUUUGUUCAUAUUUAAUGCUUGUUCCACAGUCCUUGAACGCAUCAUUUAACUUUGCAACGCAUCUUCUCCCACGGUGCACAGAUAAGACUACUGUAUUGUAUUUUUCUGGUUUAUCUUCCACCUCAUAUUUGGUCCGAAAUGCUGAUGCUCUGUAGGAAUGCAUAAAGGUAAGAUUUGAUGACCUUAUUGAGUGCUAAUGUGCAUAUUUUUUGGUGCACCUCUCAAAAACAAGUACUGUAGGCUUGUACUGGCGGAUGGUGGCUGUCUUCAUUUAAAGUGCUUUUAAUUUGAUGUUUCUCCUGUCAUAGUUUUGCACAAUACAUAAUAAAUAAGAUAAAUCAGAUUGCUAUCGUGUACGUAUGUUACGUGUGUGUUGAAAAUCUUUCCCGGUCACCAGCUAGCGCGAUGCUAACGCUAGCGAGAGCUAAUGCUAUUUAGAUACAUUGUCAUCUGUACAAGCCCCCAAAUAGCUGUCCUCGGCUAUGCCUGCCCAUAACUAGUAGCUCCUGGACGAAAUUUUAGCGGCUCGCAUCUAAAAAAAAAUCCCACUCGUUCGUUAGGACACUCGUAUGCCACGGUACCACUGUAUUAAUGACAAUUUAAAAAAAUGCCUGCGUUGCACUAGUAACUUCUCUCUUCUUCCCGGCAACGUACUUCGUGAUAAUUGGACUCACAGCGACACAAAUAACUUUGUCCUUGUUGCGAGGAGCAUCUGCCAGGGCUUCUUUCUGCUCAAUAUUUGUUCCCGCUUCUGGCUUCACAUCAGCUGCCACGCCGCUGCGGUUCCUUAAACUACGGUGCGGGCCGAGGGUCAGUCAAGACGUGCGCACGUUAAUCGCGCGUCAAAUAAUGAGUGCCGUUUUAGGAAACUUCCGUUGUUUAUUAACGGUAUGCUGAUCAAAAUUGUGCUUUUAAAAAUAUAUAUAAAUAAUGCCCAUUUUCUGCAUUUGGCCAAAUAAGAUUGAAUUAUCACAGGAGAUGAAGCUUUAUUUAUAUUAUCAUUUUACAAGCAUAUUGCUAGAAGGUGCUGUGGAGGACAUCCGUAUUCACUUAUUUGGUCCUUUCCAGACAAUAAGGUGAAAAAGGUGUGAUUUUUAUGGAUGACAUUGUCCCUAACUGGAAAAGCAUCCACUUGAGGGUUUGGGUCCUAUGGACUAAGCUAGAAAUGACACCUUGCACUCUCUAUGUAAUGUUUUAUUUCAAUGUUUGCAAUGAAGAAAUGCUUUUCAAUUCACUUGAACCACGUUUGACAGCUCCAAGGAGGAAAAUGUUGCCAAACAACAAAGCUACUGCCCCCUGGUGACGUAACUGUUCAACUGAAGGCUUUUUUACUGUCUAACUGUACAAUAAAUAUAUUUAAU